AAAUCGGAAAAUAUAUUACAUUUGGAUUUAAAUAUGUGUUUAUGAGUAUCAUUACUUAGAAUAACUUUUCGAAUAAAUUUUGUUGUUGUGUGUCUUAUUUUAUUUAUUUCUGGUGUGUCACUUGAAAAACAGAAGUGUUGAAAAUAUGCGUUUGGAUUUACCUACACUAUCGGACACGGAGUUAUGUGUAUGAUUUGUGUAUUGCUGCUUGUCAAUUAGUGGGUUCGCUUUUGUGGAUUCGUAAAAAUGACAAUUUCAAGAUACAAAUGUCAAAGAAAAUAGAUGUGUCUCAUAGAAUGACCCAUCUGGUUGAAGCGGGGUUUCUACUGGUAGUGUUCCUGUCGACUUUUAAUGCAGAGUUGAUCAUUACAAGACCGCCUAGAAACGACACUGUCCUUGAGAACACCAGCUUCCUAAUGCACUGUGAAGCAGCUGGACGACUGAACCUGCGAAUCAAGUGGUUUCAUAACGAAAAAGAGAUGGCCACAACUGGAGUAAACUACCGGAUCCGCCCCACAGGGGCGCUGAGGUUUCGGGAGGUCAAGGUCUCUGAUAGGGGAACUUAUCGGUGUAAAGUGGAGGCGGGAAGAGAGAGCUUGUAUUCUGAUUAUGCUGUGCUUGAUGUGCAAGCCGAGGUGCAGAUCAUUUAUGUAUGGCCGCGAACAGGGAAACUUGUCAUAGCGUACAACAACAAUGUCAGACUGAGUUGCAAAGCUGCGGGAAUACCCGGGCCCAGAAUUCAGUGGCGGAAAAAUGGCAUCUCGAUAAUUGAUCCUGAAAAUCACAAAGUGAAAAUAGUGGAAAGUUGGGAAAAAUACCAAAUGGUACUGGAAUCACACCUGCUUGCCGAGAACCUGACAGAAAGCAGCAAUUUCGAAUGCGAAGCCGUUAACAAUCAUAUUGGAGGUGAUUCUGUCGAAACAAAACACUUCAAUGUGGUAGUUACACCCAAUAAUGAAACCAGCCAAAGUUACCGCGCGCAAGGUGUCUGCAUGCCAUACAACGGUACUGUUUGCGCAGAUCCCCUGGGCAGUGGUCAGGUAUUCAUCACAAAAUUUGACGACCAGGAAAGAAAAGUGUCCGAUCUCCUAGAACUUAUAAUCUCCGUGGACACAUCAAAAAUGCUUCAAGAACGCUGCAAUGGUCAUGCAGCAAAUCUGAUCUGUAACAAUGUGUUCCCACCUUGUAACGUGUCGGAGAUUGAACUGGGGACUCACCAGGAAAGCCGUGUUAAACCAGUGGAGGUUUGCAGAGAGAGCUGUAAGGCGGUGCAGGACCUUCUGUGCUAUGUGCAGUGGUCGAACAUCCAGUACACCAGCAAGCAGGCGCAGCUCCCAGAGUGUGACUCGCUGCCCUCCAAGUGGGACAGUGACUGCACGGAGGCCAAGAUGUUUGACAGGGACGAGUCACAUGUCACUUCUAAUUGCUACAGUGGACGGGGUCGCUGGUACAACGGCACAGUGAAUAAGACCCGGUCAGGCAAGUCGUGCCAGUCGUGGUCUGUGGGCUUCCCUCAGAAGCACACGCGUCCUCCCAGUGUUUAUCGGGAACUUGAGAACUCCAGUAACUACUGUCGUAACCCUGGAGCGGAGGAAGUGUCCCCUUGGUGCUACGUGGACUCACAGACGCCUGGGGAUCGAUGGGAGCUCUGUGAUAUACCUUCUUGUGAUGCAGAAGAAUUAAAAACUCAGAAGAAAGCAGUCGAAGAGCCAUUUUCCUGGAAGACCAUUCUCAUCAUUACAAUUGUGGGGUCCGUAGGCGUGUUCAUUGCAGUGCUUGUCAGCAUCCUUGUCUACCACAUAUUUGUGAGCAGAAGUAGGAACGGUCAGUACAAGAACACUCCCCAGGAUGACCUUGAAAUCGACAUCCAGAAAUUGCCUGCGAACAUGUCGUACCACGUGGUUGAGGAGCCCAUACGACUGAAUCCAAAACUUCAGGCAUUUGAGUAUCCAAGAAAUGACAUCAUUUACAUCAAGGACAUAGGUCAAGGAGCCUUUGGACGUGUGUUUACAGCAAAAGCGCCAAAUUUGGGUAAGAAUGAAAAUGCGCUUGUGGCGGUGAAAAUGCUAAAAGAGGAUGCAUCAGGUGAUUUGCAGGCUGAUUUUGAACGAGAGGCAUCGCUAAUGGCAGAGUUUGACCACCCAAAUAUUGUGAAGUUUUUAGGGGUUUGUGCAAUAGGAAAACCAAUGUGUUUAUUAUUUGAGUUUAUGACAAAGGGUGAUUUGAACGGCUAUUUGAGACUGUGUAGUCCAGAAAUGUAUAUAAACUUUCGAAAAAAGAAUCUUCAGUUCAUUGAUGGUGACAUAGUGACGUUAGAUUUAGCCGAUCAGCUUGACAUUUCUCGACAAAUAGCCUCGGGGAUGGUGUAUUUAUCAGAGAAAAAUUAUGUUCACAGAGAUCUGGCAACAAGAAAUUGUCUUAUAACAGAUAACUUAGUGGUAAAAAUCUCAGACUUUGGCCUUGCCCGAAGUGUACAUAAGCUGGAAUAUUACAAAGGCAGCGACAACGAUGCUAUUCCUAUUCGAUGGAUGCCUUUGGAAUCCAUCCUUUAUAACAAAUUUUCUGUGGAAUCUGAUGUAUGGUCGUAUGGUGUUAUUCUCUGGGAAAUAUUUUCAUACGCUCUUCAACCGUAUUACGGAAUGACUCACGAAGAAGUUGUGGAAUACCUCAAGGACGGGAAAAACUUGGUGUGCCCGGAAAAUACGCCGCAACAAGUGUAUGAUUUAAUGCUGAAAUGCUGGAGUAGAAAACCAUUCAGACGUCCUAAAUUCCCAAUGUUGUUCAAUGCAAUAAAUGCUCUCUACAAUGAAUUGACAAAAAAGCGAACAAAAGAGGUGACAGUCGUGUGAAAAAUGUGCUCAGUUGUGUUGAUGUUUUUAGACAUGUUAUCACUGCUUGUGACUUAGUCAGAGGACCUUACAUGUUUGUCUAAACUAGCAUUACAUGUUUUAUCCUUAUUUGUUGAUCUGUUUGAAUCUUUUGAAAUUAUUUUUCCAUGAACGCAAGACAUUUAAAGCUGUUUUUUUAUGUCCCCCACCACUAUAGUGGGGGACAUAUUGUUUUCGCCCUGUCUGUUGGUUUGUUGGUUGGUUUGUUUGGGCAAACUUUAACAUUUGCCAUAACUUUUGCAAUAUUGAAGAGAGCAACUUCAUAUUUGGCAUGCAUGUGUAUCUCAUGGAGCUGCACAUUUUGAGUGGUCAAGGUCAAGGUCAUCCUUCAAGGUCAAAGGUCAAAUAUAUGGGUCAAAAUCGCUCAUUUAAUGUAAACUUUUGCAAUAUUGAAGAUAGCAACUUGAUAUUUGGCAUUCAUGUGUAUCUCAUGGAGCUGCACAUUUUGAGUGGUGAAAGGUCAAGGUCAAAGGUCAAAUAUAUUGUUUUUUCAUGCAUGAGAGUUAUAUUGGUAAAAAAAUUUAUGUCAAAGCUUGCAGGUUUUAACAAAGCAUAUUCCCAAAUUAUAAACUGCUGUUAAGGUUACGUUAAUGUAUUGUGUAGUUCAUUUUUUAACAACACCCAACUGAUUAAAGUUUAUGAAAUAAUUCUAGGUUCAAAUACAAACCUAUAGAAUAACUUGCUGCUGUGUACCAACAUUUUUAUCUGUUUUUAACCAGGUUUUCCGAAGGAAAAAACUGGUUAUUAGAUUGGCGAAUGCGGGCGGGCUGGCUGGCGGGCUGGCUGGCUGGCUGGCUGGCGGGCUGGCGGAAUAAGCUUGUCCGGGCCAUAACUAUGUCGUUCAUUGUCAGAUUUUAAAAUCAUUUGGCACAUUUGUUCACCAUCAUUGGACGGUGUGUCGCGCGAAAUAAUUACGUCGAUAUCUCCAAGGUCAAGGUCACACUUUGAGUUCAAAGGUCAAAAAUGGCCAUAAAUGAGCUUGUCCGAGCCAUAACUAUGUCGUUCAUCGUCAGAUUUUAAAAUCAUUUGGCACAUUUGUUCACCAUCAUUGGACGGUGUGUCGCGCGAAAUAAUUACGUCGAUAUCUCCAAGGUCAAGGUCACACUUUGAGUUCAAAGGUCAAAAAUGGCCAUAAAUGAGCUUGUCCUGGCCAUAACUAUGUCAUUCAUUGUGAGAUUUUAAAAUCAUUUGGCACAUUUGUUCACCAUCAUGGGACGGUGUGUCCCACGAAAGAAUCACGUCAAUAUCUCCAAUGUCAAGGUCGCCACGACUAAAAAUAGAUUUAAAAAAAAAAAAAAACUUACAAAGGGGGUUAAUUUUUUUUGGUCAUUUCAAAAGUUCAGUUUGAGUUUUCUCCCUUUAUCAGAUUUUUUUUUCACAAUGAAAACCUGGUUUUGUGACAAUUUUGUCCCUUGUUAAAUUAUUGUUAAAGACUACAAAUGAGAUUAUGAGAAUUUUUUGUUUGUUCGGCUCUGUUCUUUACCCUAUAUGUAUAGUAUCUAUUUAUUUUAGUAUUUAAUUAUGUUUUAAGUGUUUAUUUGAUGCAUGUGUUGUUUGUAUCCAGAUCAUCUGUAAGAAAGUUCAAGUUACAUGUAACAUUGUUUUAUAGAUUUACAACCAUACAUUGUAUUUACUAUUUGUCUCAAUUACUGGGGAACAAUAAUAUUUAAUAAACUUAUGCAUAAGGUUAUGAAUGUUAUGUGAACACAUGGCUGAAUAAUAUUUAUAAUAGAUGUGUAUAUACAUUUGGAAAUUUAACACUUUUAUUUUGACAUUAAAUAUUAAGGAGGCACUCCUGAUCAGACACAUGAAAAGCCAACAAAGAACAGAAAACAUUUUUUUUUAAUUUUGGGGGUAUGUAGUUUUUAAACUUCAUACAAAUACUAUUGAGGAAGUUCAUAUUUUGAAUAUUUUAAAAGCCAUACAAUUGUAUUAUCCUUCAUAACUUACCGGUAGUCAAUUUUUUCUCUUUUUUGAAUUACUGAAACAUUGUUGGUUGGUGCAUUAAUGGCCUUUUAUGUAUGAAGAAGUUACCUGAAAAUGACAUUUUCCAGAUAAAUUGUAUAAAUGUUUGAUGUAUUGAUAUUGAUUUGAACAAUUUAGUAUUAUACAGAUGACAGUAGCAUAAUACAGUUGGAUUUAUAUCAUUACAAUUUAAACACCCCUGCCUCAUGAAAACAGGGCUGUUACAUAUUAUUUAGUGCUAAUAUUUUAUGUGACUACCUUUUUGCUAUUCUUUCAAAGUGGCAGCCAUAGAUACAUAAACCAGAACCCUGCAAAGCAAUAUUUCUUUGAAUUGCACUCCUGUGAUAGCCCUGUUACCCUGUUGUUUUAGUUCAAAUGUACCCUGUUGGACUUUUCAUGGAACAGGAAAUCAGAAUGGCGUACUAGCUUAUAAAAUGCUGUUCCUGCUGAUACAAGAGCAGGUUUAGAACUGUUAAUGAUAUUUUACUAAUUGAAUUUAUCCCAUUCAUGCCUAGCGUAUAGAGCCUUGUUAAACAGCGUAGACCUAGAUGAGACGCUGCAUGAUGCGGCGUCUCAUCAAGGUCUGUGCUGUUUGCUUAAAGGAAUUUCUGUAAGAAAUAUUCUAAAUAUAGAAAUAAGUAUACUAGACAUCCCUAAUUUUGGAAAUAAAUUGAUCCAAUUUAGAAGGAUGGGAGAGUCAAAUAGGCAUAAAUGGGUUAAUUUUGACUUCAUACAAGCCUAUUGAGACUUUAUCAUAACUGUGAGUGAUGGAUAAGAAGUUCAAGACAGAGAUUUUGUUCAAGCCAUAGUUGUUUAACCCUUUUGCAUGCUGGGAAUUUUGUCGUCUGCUAAAAUGUCGUCUGCUGAAUUUCUAAAAUAAGCAUUUUCUUCGAUUUUUUUUCAAAGAAUACUAUCAGAAUUGUAAACAGUUUGGAUCCUGAUGAGACGCCACGUUCUGUGGCGUCUCAUUUGGAUCCAAACUGUUUGCAAAGGCCUUCAAAAUUUGGUUCCAGCACUGGUAAAAAUCUCAGACUUUGGCAGCACUGGUAAAAAUCUCAGACAAGAGUUACAGUGUUUUAGUUUUAUACAUUUGACAUACCAGGCUUUUAAAUACGUUCUCAUAAAAUUUAAAAUAUCUAUUUUAUUUAUAAUUUUAUUUAUAAUCUUGUUUUCCUGAGACCUGUGGCACAUUUAAAAAUGAUAACGAUUAUGACACACUUGGUCCCCUACCAAUUUUUUCAAUCAGGACAUAAUUUUAAAUAGAUCUAUGGGUGAUUUAGUGAAAUGUCAAGUUUAGGUUUAUACAUGAUUUUGUAGUACAAAAUUGCCUAGAUUUACGCAUUUAUUUUACUUAAUUUGUAAUUUACAGAUAUUAACGGAAGCUUCAAAGAAAUAUGUUAACAUUUUGCCCGAAUUUGUAAUUUACAGAUAUUAACGGAAGCUUCAAAGAAAUCUGUUAUCAUUUUGCCCAUCUUUAUCAUUAAGUAAGUGCUAAUGAAAGAUAAAUAAAAUAUAUUACCUAGUACUACAUGUAAGAGAUUGCAAGUAUGUAAGAUGAUAUGAUCUGUUGGGACAACUGUCUACUAGUAAAGAUAGUAUCAGCCAUACCUUACCAAAGAUUAUUUUUUCUGAAAUUUUUAAUGACAAAAUUGUUGCAGCCUGCAUUCCUUAAAAAUUAAGUUAUUUACGUGAUAGUUUUUGCCAUUGAAUUGUUCUAACUCAUUUGCUAACAGUAACCUAAAUUAGUCUAUUAAAGCUCUUGAGAAUUUUUGCUGAUAAGCCAUGAUAAUCUAGAGUAGCUGAUAAGCUCAUGCUGGUUUUUGAUUACUUUUAUCAGUAUACAGUUCUUGAAAAAACAUUGUUUGCUUCAUGUUACCCUAUGGUUCCAUUGAAUCAGUGGAUACAAAAUGAUAACUGUAUAAAUAAACAGUAAUGGAAUACCUUCUGUGAGAAAAAACUAAAAAGAUUGUAGAUAUGGGUACAUAAGGUUCUGUAAAUGUUUAAUGGAGAGUUAUAAAUGAUUGAAAUAACUUUGAUACGCAUGUAUUGGUGUCAGUAUAUUUUUCGAAAGGACAUUAUACAAUUUUAUAGACAAGACAUUUUUAUUAUCAAUUUAUGAAUUUACCAAUUGCUUCUGGAUUUGCAACCAAUUCUAUUUUUGUGCAUUUCUGACAGUUUCAACUAUAAGACAUGAGUGUUUUCUUCCGACAAUAAAGUGAUUACUUUUCAAAUGAACAAACAUAUUUUCAAGCCAAUCUUCAUUUAAUAACAAAAUAUUGUACAGUCAAAAGAAAGAACUUUUCUUAAAAAUUAUUUGUUUACAAAACAAAUUGUCAUAGAUUCAAAAAAGAAUGUGAAGUUAUGUUUAAGGAAGUGAAAUAUGAAUCCUGUUUCAAAUAAUGCUUCAAAUAUUGUUUCAUAAUAAUCAGUGUGUCAAAAGCGUUAAAAUAAUGAAGGGUUUUUAACCCUUUGAAUUGGGAAUAUGGACAAAAAGUUGAUUACUAACAUAGCAAUAAUAUUGGUCUGAUUGAUAAUGCAGCCUGCAUGGAACAGUAGUAGCAAACAAGAGUUUGUUACCUGAGGUCCAGCGUAUCCCCACGCCGAAUGUUUGACCUAGGUGUGCCCCAGGGUUGGUAAUGGGGCCAUGCAUAGCUGAGAUUGACCGUAUUGUCACAAGAGAAGUUCAUCAUCAAUUAGAAGUGAAUUGGUGUAGAAAUGAAGAAGUUAUAGUAAAAGGCAAUUUUGGGUGGGUGUGACAUAUGUGGGCAGGGCGCCCCAGGGUUGGUAAUUGUGCCAUGCAUAGUUGAGAUUGACCGUAUUGUCAUAAGAGAGGUUCAGUAUCAAUUUGAAGUGAAUCGGUGUAGAAAUGAAGAAAUUAUAGUAAAAGGCAAUUUUGGGUGGGUGUGGUCUAUGUGGGCGGGGCGCCCCAGGGUUGGUAAUGGGGCCAUGCAUAGUUGAGAUUGACUGUAUUGUCAUAAGAGAAGUUCAAUAUCAAUUUGAAGUGAAUCGGUGUAGAAAUGAAGAAAUUAUAGUAAAGGCAAUUUUGGGUGGGUGUGGUCUAUGUGGGCGGGGCCCCAGGGUUGGUUAUGGGGCCAUGCAUAGUUGAGAUUGACCCUAAUGUCAUAAGAGAAGUUCAGUAUCAAUUUGAAGUGAAUCCGUGUAGAAAUGAAAAAAUUAUAGUAAAUGGAAUUUUUGGUGGGUGUGGCCUAUGUGGGCGGGCGCCCCAGGGUUGGGAUUGGGGCCAUGCAUAGUUGAGAUUGACCCUAAUGUCAUAACAAAAGUUCAGUAUCAAUUUGAAGUGAAUCCGUGUAGAAAUGAAAAAAUUAUAGUAAAUGGAAAUUUUUGGUGGGUGUGGCCUAUGUGGGCGGGGCGCCCCAGGGUUGGGAAUGGGGCCAUGCAUGGUUGAGAUUGACCGUAUUGUCAUAGGUGAGGUCCAGUAUCAAUUUGAAGUGAAUCGGUGUAGAAAUAAAGAAGUAAAUGUAAAAUAACCUAAAAAAAUGAGUGAUAAUUUCUGACGCGGCCCCACCCCAACCCCUAUAACUUUUGACCCAGGGGUCAGAUCAAAAUUCCAAAUAGUGCAGGGUCGCACAUAUGCUCAUAGCUACCAUGUGUGUAAAUUUCAAGGUUCUAGUGCUUUUAGUGUAGGAGGAGAUAGUGGCCAGGACGGACGGACAGACGGACGGACGGACGGCGGAGAUCACCACAAUAUCCCCA